AUGGAUCAAGGGCACGGAAAUUUUAACCCUAUCCAUUUUCAGCCACCAAAUCAAUAUUACUUAGCUCCUGGAUAUAUACAAGGUUAUAAUCCUCAAGCAUAUAAUCCAAGUAUGAUGCAACAGCAAACAUUUGAUCCGAAUUAUCAAUUUCAACAGGCAGAUGAUACGCAAAAUAAGAAAAAACGAACAUUUGUCUUAUCCAAAACACAAAAUGAACCACAAAAUCAUCAAGAACAAACAAUGACCGUUGAAAGAGCUUCAACUCCAAAUAAAAAGGAAUAUUUCACCACUAAACCAGAUAAAAAGCCAAAUACACCCAAGAAAGAGCUAUUUACAUCUCCAAAAUUGAAAGAAAUUUCAAAUCAAAUUAAAUCUAAAACGUUAUUCACAUCAGCCGAGGAGCAAAGGAAAUACGAAAUCAGUCAGAAGCUCAAAAAAUCCAAAGAUCUUGCUUAUUUGAUCAACGAUCCGAAAAAUGCUUAUAAAUCACAAAACAUCAAGGUAAUUAAGCCAAAUGGUACUGAAUUAAUAUCCACCAAAGGACCAUUAAAUACAUCCACAACAUUACAAGUCCAAAGAGCUGUUCAAAAUGGAGAAUCUUUGAAAGUUAAAAAACUCGAAAAACGAGACUUCAACGUUCAAAUUGUAACACAACAACCAAUAGAAAAGAAGAAACAAGACGUAAAACAAGAAGAAAAUCAAGUUUCUCAAGAAAAUGAAAAUAUUCCUUCAAUUGUUGUCGAAAAAGCAGAAAAAGACAUCGAAAUUCUACAGGAAGUGCAAGAGAAACCCAAGAAAGAGGUUGUUUUUGAAAAUCAACCAGUUCCAAGCGAUGAAAUCAUUCAUGAAUUAAAUAAGUUAAUUGAAGAGAAAGAUUCCCCAAUGAUAUCAACGGAAACAAUACAUACAGAGGUUCCUGACGAAGUUUCUCAGCAAAAACAAGAAGAAAAGCAAGAUAUUCCUGAAAUUAACGAAAUUGAGAAAAACGAUGAAGAAAAGAUCGACCACGAGCAAGAAAUUGAAAGAAAAGUUGACGAUGAAGGCCAACAAAUAGUAAUUUCGCCGCCAUCACCUGAAGCAGCUGAGAAAUUCAAAAACUUCCCACAGCCAGAUCCAGAUGAGAUACUUGUGGACGUCAUAGAAGGUCCUGAACCAAUUUCUGUCUAUUCACAAGGUCAAUCUUAUGUAUUAGAAAAAGAAGAGUCCGGAAAGCUCCCAGACUACAUGUUUUCGACUAUUGGUCAGAAGGAAAUUGUAAUUGGCGAGGAAGAAGAGAUGCCAACCGAACAAUCUGAAUCUUCAUCAAAAUAUCUUCAAGAAGAUGCGGACGAUGAUGAUAAUUUCGAUCCAUACAGUGACUUUAUGCUGCUCAGAAAGGAGAAUGCCAUGGAAUUACCUUCAGAAGUCAGUGAUUGUUUCAAAGAUGAUAGAACUGCUGAAAUAAUUAACGGAAUUCCAAAGGAAAUGAUCAAAGAAAUGCUUGAAAUCGAUCCUGAUGAUAUUGCUGAUGCAGAAGAAAAAGUUAUUAAAAAUUUCAAAAUUAUUUCAAAAUCAAAGGCUGAGAAGAAGCAUAUUGCAGCAAAACCAGCUAAAAAGAACAAUCAAGAACCAGCAAAUGCUAAAAAAGAAGUAAAUCAGCAACAAAAAUCAAAUGAAACAAAAGAUGGCAAAAUUUCUGUUGAAAAACCUCCGAAAUCAGAACAUCUUGUUGAAGUAACCCAACCUGAACAGCAGAAUCCACAAAAUCUGGAAAUAUCUCAAAUACCAAAUCCACAAUUCCAACAAAACCAAAUGAUUCCUCAACAAAUGACCAAUGUGAUGCCUCCACAACAAGUUCCACAGGGUCAAUUCGUUCAACAAAACCAACAAAUGAUACAAAAUCCACAAAUGGUUCCAAACCAAGGCCAAAUGAUGAUGCAACAACCAAACCAGUUCAUCCAAGGUCAAAUGGUUCAAAAUCAGUACCAAGUUCCAUAUAAUAUUCAGAAUCAAAUGCAAUUUCCCAUGCAAAACCAGUUUCCAAUGCAAAAUCAGAUGCAAUAUCCUAUGCAGAACCAAUUCAAUAUGCAAAACCAGAACUUUAUUCAGAAUCAGAACCAAUUUCAGAUGCAAAAUCCAAAUCAAUUCCAAAUUCCAGUCCAACAACCAUAUCCCAUGCAAUAUAACAACAGUUUCUUUGUUCCUCCCCCACAAAACCAAGGAUUUCCCCAUUUCCAACCUCCAAUUCAGAAUCCAGAAGAAGAAAUCAACUUAGAUGACUAUCCUGAGCAAGAAAUAGAGCACAGUGAAGAAGAAGAACAGAUCAAGCAAGAAGAAUCCACAGGAAAGAAGGACUAUACAGUCAAAAAAUCAAUUGUUGCCAAAGAAUUACAGAUUCCAAAGAAAAAGAAGAUAAAUUUAUCUAAUCCAAAUGUCCAGAAAGUCACAACAGGCGAGAAUGUUGUUGUUGAGCGGAGAACAGACUUAAACAUCAUUGUUUCAGACCUUUCCAAACCGAAAACUAACGAACACCAACAAAACGAAGAAAACCCACCAGAAAAAGAGAAAGAAAUCACAAUUGGCUCUCAUGGAAUCACAUUAGCAACAGGAGAGACAAUCCAGAACAAGACAAGAUCACUUGUAUUUAAUCCAGAUGAUCUCCAGGAAGAUUCAAGAACAACUUUUUUCCAAAAUGGUCAAACAUCCGGUGUAAAGUUGUCAAAUUUCGAUUUCCAACCUAUUUCUCGAACACAAAAUGGCACAUUUAUUCCUUCGAAGCCUCUUUCUUCUUUUGCAACGACAUUGAAUAUAUUUAAACCACCUGUCAACCAGCAGAAAGAAGAAAUCAUCACUUUCACACCUCCUGUUUUCAAAGAAACAAGAGAAGAUGAAAUUUUCCAACCUCCGAAAUCUUCUCAAAAUUCGAAUUCAGUUCAUCAUGAAGAAAGUGAAGUGAAAACUAACGAUGAAAAAAGUGACACAAAAGAAACCAUUUCACAUGAAUUUGUUCUUCCGAUUAGUCAGUUCCAGCUUCAUCCAGACCAGUUCAAUCCUUCCUCGCAAACUCCUGUUUCCAAUUUCAAUCAUUUGAUGAAUUUAGGAAAACAGAAGUUGAUUGGAAUUGAUUCUACAGAAGACAGCGGUUUUGACAGUGACCAAAAAGAUAUUCCACAGAAAAGCAAAUCCAAGAUUGAUGAGAAUUCCGUGAAGACUGAAAAGUUUUCAGAAGUUCCUAUUUGGAAUUCUAGUUUGACAUCUCCACUUGGACUUGGUUCAGAUUCAUCUAGUGCAAAGAUGGAGAGUUCAGACAACGAAAACAAAAACAAUCCGCCGAAGUAUCAGCCAAUAAAUGAAGACAAGUUCGCAUUGAGUGAACAAGUCAGGAAGAGGCGAAUUCUUCUUUCUCCUGAACUUGAGAAUCCUAUUUCUAAAGUUGAGAACAAAAAUGAACAAACAUCUGCAAUUCAGCAGAAAAGGAGCAAAGUCUAUGGUCUUUCAUUUGUUAUAUUAUUAAUGAUAGCACUUAUAUUUGUUGUCAUUUUAUAUUUUGUAGUUUAA